AUGGCAAUACUCCGGACGACACUGCUUCUGUUGCUUAUCCUCCUCUGCCUUACCACAUAUGAGCUUCACCUUCACGCUGCUGAAGGUGCAGAGGGCAGUGAAGGUGCAGUUAAAAUCGAUUGCAAUGGGAGGUGUAAAGGGAGAUGCAGCAAAUCGUCCAGGCCGAAUCUCUGCUUGAGAGCAUGCAGCAAUUGUUGUUCCCGAUGCAACUGUGUACCACCUGGCACACAUGGAAACCACCAUCUAUGCCCUUGCUACGCUUCCAUUACCACUCGCGGUGGCCGCCUCAAGUGCCCUUGA